CGGUGCGCGCGCGGGGUGCCGACCUUGCAGGUGGGGCUGGAGGCGCCAUGGACGCCUUUGUGCGCUUCUCCAACCAGACGCAGGGUCGGGAGCGGCUCUUUCGUGCAACUCAGUAUUCGUGCAUGCUGCUUAGCUAUGUGUUAGAGAAUAAGCGUGGCAGAGAGGCGCUGGUAAUGAAGCUCAAAGACCUGGAGUCUAGCAUGAGCUCUGGCCGCAAGUUGUUCAGGCUUGGCAAUAUGGUGCACGCCAUCGUGGCCGCCAGACAGUCCAACGAGUUGCCGGAGCUGGUCCCCCGCUUCUGCUUGACGGUCUCCAACCUGAACCGGGCCCUGUACUUUGUGUGCGACAUGCUCCUUUGGGUAAGGAGUGUCGGGCUCUUCUCAAACAUCAACAAGAAGAAAUGGCGCAACCGGGCCACCAAAUGCUAUUACUACUCCCUGGUGAUGAACCUGGCCGAGGAUUUGUACGAGCUCUGCCGAUGCAUGGAGCAGACAGCACAGGCGGAGAACGCACGGAAAGACUUGCCUCCUUGCAGCCAGCGAGUCCGAAGAUUCCUUUACCAUCUCACGGGUGGGCUGCAGCCUUUUUUCCUCCUCCUCUACCUCACUUUGAGGAACCAUCCUCCUCUGUUGCUCGACACACUGAAGAACCUUUGCGAUCUCUCGAGCCCAUUGGACCGGCUGGGAAUCUACAAGACCAACCCAGGAGUCAUCGCGCUCUGUGGUAUUAUCUCCUCCCUGGUCGGGAUCCUGACAGUUGCGAGUCCAAGCCUGAAGCUGAAACAUUGACUCUGGAGUUCCCUUGAGAGCUUCUCUUCUCUCUCUCUUUUCCCCCCUCUCGUUCGACCCUUUGCAAAUAAAACACGGUGGAGCUUGUUCUCUGAAGCUAGCUGGCUACAUUUUGCUGUUUGUUUGUGAAUGUGGAUUUUGUUCCCAAGGAACAGCCCUGUACAGAGAGGAGGAGGAAGUCAUUGAUGGCUUGUAAAAGGUUGAGCAAAACCUUCUUUGAGCUACGCAGCAGAGCAAAACGGUACUGAACUGUUGCUAGUCGAGAUUGUGUAUAACACAAUAGGAGACUGGUGUCGGAAAGACAGUGAGGUUGGUGGUGAUUGGAAAGAUGCACUGCUGCUCAGGGCCUGUAUGCUCCUCCCCACUUUUGCCACAGGUGCUGUAGAGUUUUUGGGUACCAGUUCAAAACCAAAAAAGUUUGUUCAACCAGAGGUAAUAGCGGGACAAAAGAACCGGCUACGCACUAAGGAACGUGGAGCGGCCGGUUCCAGUUCUUUUAUAAGCAGUUGUCCAUCUCCUGCCAACUUUUGCCACAUCGUUGCCUCUGAUCAAAUAGGUUUUGUUACAUGUGUGUGUGUGUGGGGGGGGGGGGGGAGUUGGGAAGUGGUACACAACCCGUUCAGCCGCUCAGAAUCUUGAUGGGCUGUGGUGUUUAAAACAUGGGCACUGGGAUAGGCAGUGGACAAAACUCUCCCUUUCUAAUGCACUUGUGCCUUAUAUUCAUGCCCAAACUACUUACAAUGCCUGAUGUAUAAACUCUCUUCCCUGUUAGUAUCAGACUGUGCUACUCUUGCCGUUCCUGCUGAUUAUGUUGUCUGUUCAUCCACAUCUGAUGUGGGAUGACCAGCCCAACUCAGGUUCAGUUCUACCCAUAGUAAGUUAAAGCUGAGAUAUGGGGGAAAUUAUUAAAAGCCAUCAAUAGUGGACAGUUAUUAAGUUUAUUGUUGUGGCGGGGGGGGGGGGAGUUAGUUAUUAUGGCUUUUCUACCUCAAGCAUCAAAAUAUCUUGGACUCUCUCGGGCCUUUCUGUAUAAGUGAUAUACUUCCAUGCAGAUCUCAGGAGUUUUAAGUCUCUCUUCCUGAGUCCUUGUUCUCUCAUUUCUAAGCAGGAUGCCAACCUAUCAGUUUUACAGCAGGUGUAUUUGUUUAUACUUUCAUUGUUUAAAAGGAGUACUUAAAGAAAAGGAAUGUAUCCUUCACACAAAGUUGCCAUACAUUGGUUGAUCUGACUGUUAGUGGGUGUCCAGGGACUCAAACAGAGAAGCACCCUUCCCAAUAUCUCCUACCUGAGGUCCUUAACUAAAGAUGGGACUUUCUGCAUGCAGAAUAUGUGGUUAGUUGCUGAGCUAUGGGCCUUAUGUUAUGAGGCUAUGGGCCUGAUAAUCUAUUACUCAGUACAUUAAAAGCCAUCUUGUUUUCAGAGACCCUUGUGUGCUUGACCUGGAGUGAAGAGCUCCUCUAGCAAGUAUUGAGCCGGUGACUUCAGUGUUGUGUUAUGAGGGGAUUAUUCCAGAUCAUUGCUUAAGUAAAUGGGUGCCUUGUCACUCAAAGUUUUCUGCCUCUUGGGAAUGCAGUUUUUAUCAGAUUAUCAGGACUGGCCUUAAAUUCUCCAUUGGGGCAUUGGAUGCACGUUCAAAGGAGGUUGGAAGUAAAUUUUCUGGAUGCGAAGUUCAAUUGGGAUAUGGAGUUUAGCACCAACUUGGAUGUUGGGCCAUGUUUAAAGCAAGUUGCUGUUCUUCAGUCUCUUCAA